AUGCCACCAGGACAGCGAGGACGUGGACGUGGACGCGGCGGCAGCAGCAGCAGUAGCUUCGGCGGCCGAGGCGGUGGCAACAGUAGAGGACGAGGCGGCGCACGGGGCCGCGGCGGUGGUAGAGGUCGAGGUGGUCGAGGUGGUCGAGGUGGUCGAGGCGGUAUCCGCAGUUUCGAGAACCGUCCUAGAGAUAAUCACCCAGCGCCGUCAGAAGACGAAGCCAGCUCCGACGAGGAAGCCGGCGCAGCCCAUAAUGCCCCCGGGUCCGGGUCCGAGUCCGGGUCCGAGUCCGAAGACGACGAUGUCCUCUCCACGGAGGACGAGGAGGAGCCGGAAGAUACCAGCGCAAAGCCGUAUAACGUACUACUACAGUCCCUAACGUUGAGUCGCAAGUCUAAAGAUACACGGGACGCAAAGCGCCGGAAAACUCAGCACGUCGUGGAAGAGGAGGAUCCGGAAGAGGAGUGGGCGCCUGUGGACGAAGAGGGCGCAGAGGAAGAGGAAGAGGUUCCGGAGGAGCAGAAUGAGGGGGAUAGUGACGAUGAGGACCAGUCCGACCCCUUCGAGUCCCAUUUUGCAACCCCAACGCCCUGGUAUCUUGCGCGCACGAAGGCCGCGGAGGCAAACAGCUGGGAGAUCAAGAAGCUCACGCACCCUGCGCUCAGCGGGAAGCUGGUCUUCAGCGCCCCCGCCGGGUCGCAAGCAGCGCCUGGCAAGAAGGUCGACAGCAUCGCAGAUGUAAACCUGAAGAACAAGCUCACAGCGCCCUUUGAGACUCUCAAUGGCGAGUUCACACCGGUGCAGCAGGCGCUCGCGCCCUACAUCUUUGCCAACCAGGACGUUCUCUUCACCUCGCGGACGCCCGACAACGCCGCCGCCGUCCGCAACCUGGCCUGCGUCCAUGCGCUCAACCACAUCUACAAGACCCGCAGCAGAGUGCUCAAAAACAACGAACGCCUCUCCCGCGCAACGGACGACGCCGACCUCGAGCUACGGGACCAGGGCUUCACGCGGCCAAAGGUCCUCUUCCUCUUGCCGACUCGAAACGCCUGUGCGGAGGUGGUCAACACCCUACUCGCGCUGUCGCAGUCGGAGCAGCAAGAGAACAAGAAGCGCUUCACCGACAGCUUCACCCUCCCUCCCGAGGAAGAGCGCAUCCCCACCACGAAGCCGGCAGACUUCCGCGAGCUCUUCUCCGGAAACCAUGACGACCUCUUCAGGAUAGGCCUCAAGUUCACUCGCAAGUCCGUCAAGCUGUUCUCGCAGUUCUACACCUCCGACAUCAUCCUCGCCUCCCCGCUCGGCCUACGGAUGGUGCUCGGAAACGAGGGGGACAAGAAGCGCGACUACGACUUCCUCUCCUCGCUCGAGCUUGUGGUCGUCGACCAUGCCGACGCCCUGCUCAUGCAGAACUGGGAGCAUGUUGAGUAUGUCUUCAAGCACCUCAACCUUAUCCCCAAGGACGCCCACGGCUGCGACUUUGGCCGCGUCCGCUCCUGGUAUCUCGACUCGCAGGCAAAGUUCAUCCGGCAGACAAUCAUGACCGCAACCUUCCUCACGCCAGAACUCAACGCGCUCUUUGGAGCGCACAUGCGCAACAUCGCCGGCCGCGUCAAGACCGCGCCAGAGUAUGCGGGCACCAUGACGGACCUGGGGCUACAGGUACGGCAAACAUUCAUGCGCUUCGACGCCCCCGCGCCGACCCAAGAUGCCAAUGCGCGGUUCACGUUCUUCACAGCGAUGGUACUCCCGGGGCUGCAGCGCAGCGCUGGGGGGUCGGUGGUGUUUGUGAACUCGUACUACGACUUUGUGCGGGUGCGGAAUCACUUGGACACCCUAGGUCUCGACUUUGGGGUGAUCAGCGAGGAGACGGAGGUGGGCGCUGUUGCGCGGGCAAGGAGCCAUUUCAGGACGGGAAGGCUCAAGGUUCUGCUGUAUACCGGGCGGGCACACCAUUUCCGGAGGUAUGAGGUGGCCGGGGCGAAGGAGGUGGUGUUUUAUCAGGUGCCGGAUAAUGAGCGGUUUUAUCGCGAGGUGACAGGUGGGUGGUUGGGCAGGAGUGUGAGGGAGGGGAUGGCGGAGGCGGGGACGUGUAGGGUGAGGGUGAUCUUUAGUCGGUGGGAUGUGCUGAGGUUGGAGAGGGUGGUGGGGUCGAAGCGGGUGGGCGUGAUGUGUACGGAUGUGGGCGACACCUUUGAGUUUGUGUAG